UCGAUAUGAGUUCAACUCAUUCUGCAGAUGUACUCGGUUUUGUUCAGCACCCAACUUUUUUUAGACCUCUGAUUGAACGAGGUUUUGACGGUCUAGCUCGACAACUUCCUCGUUGGACCUAUUCUCACCGCAGCCAUGAGCGGACAGAGUGGAAAGGGAUCAAUCAAAAGAAUAGUUAUAGCGUAAUGUCGGCGUCUUCUACAAAGCGUGUGGCCGUUUUGGAAGGAGAUGGAAUCGGUCCUGAGAUAAUGUCUGUCACUUUAACGGUGUUGGAGGAAGUAUCAAGAUAUUAUGACUUUCUUUUGAAGUUUGAAAAAGCUCCUUUUGGAGGUGCUGCCAUAGAUGAAGUUGGUGAUCCAUUUCCACCAGAAACUCAAAAGCUAUGUUUGGAAAGCGACUCUGUGCUAUUAGCUUGUAUAGGUGGCUAUAAAUGGGAUAAUCUACCUAGAAAGCAACGACCAGAGACUGGUCUAUUAGGACUGAGGAAGACUUUACAACUGUUUGCCAAUCUUCGACCAGCCAAAGUUUUUGAUCGACUGAUGGACGCUUCCUCGUUGAAACCUGAAGUUUUGAAGGGGGUAGAUCUUGUGGUAGUUCGUGAACUAACUGGUGAUGUGUAUUUUGGCGAACCGAAAGGGAUUUCUUUUCAAAAUUCGAAAAGAAUUGGAUACAAUAAUAUGAUCUAUUCAGAAGACGAAGUAGAACGUAUCGGUCGCGUUGCUUUUGAAGUUGCUCGUUUGCGUAAUCGUCGAUUAUGUUCGGUUGACAAGUCCAAUGUUCUAGAUGUGAGUCAACUAUGGCGAGAAGUUAUUGUUUCCUUAUCCAAAGAAUAUCCUGAUGUUGAAUUGAGUCAUAUGUAUGUCGAUAACGCAGCUAUGCAAUUGAUUCGGAAUCCUCGCCAGUUUGAUACAAUUGUUACCGGAAACUUGUUUGGAGAUAUACUAUCGGAUGAGGCUUCUAUGUUGGUUGGUUCUUUAGGAAUGUUGCCAUCAGCUUCAUUAGGAAACCCGAAUAGUCCUGGAGUCUUUGAACCUGUUCAUGGUUCAGCUCCGGAUAUUGCUGGUCAGGACAAAGCCAACCCAUUGGCUUGUAUCUUAUCGGCAGCAAUGAUGCUCAAGUAUCAGUUUCAGUUGAAUGAGGCGUCGAUUGCUAUGGAAAGAGCUGUUCAUCGUGUUUUAGAAAAGGGUUAUCGAACUUCAGAUAUUAUGUCUUCUGGAAAAACUUUGGUUGGCUGUAAGGAAAUGGGAGAAAAAGUACUGGAACAACUGCAACUCAUUCAAAGUUCCAAGUUUCAGACUGCAGGUAUUCCAAAGUAAGAGGAUAAUAAAUAUGAAACGUUCAUUCAUUCCAAUAACUGAGAUUGUCUCG